AUGGCAAAUGCUUUUAAUGUAAACAAUUUGGGCAUAUUAAAAAGGAUUGCUUUUAAAAAAAGGAGCAAAAAAAAGUAUUUUGGGGCGAUAAACCUAAAACAGCAACGGCAACCAAAAAAGGAACGGAAAACCUUAAAAACGAAGCAGCCCAAUAAAGGCCCAAUCCAAAAUUUUGGGUUAAAAUUAACUCGAUUCCUAAUUUUAAGCUAA